AUGGCAAAAAGGGCAGCGGCGAACGGUGCCGCAGCAUCGCAUCGCAAGCCGAAGGGCGCGCCCGUCUUCGAGCAGGACUCGGACGGCGAUGACGGCCGCUCGCUCAACCUCGACUCGGCCAGCGAGCUCGACUCGGACGUCGAUGCGUCUGACUCGAGCGAUGCUGCUGACGGUAACGACGACGCGGAAUCGCAAGACGAUGAAGAGGAGGAGGAGCAGCAGCAGCCGAAGUACGCACAGUUCAUGGACGACUCGGAUCUCGAAGCCGCCUCCGACGACGACGACGAUGAUGACGGUGACAGCGACGGCUUGGACGAUGACGCGAGCAACGAUGGCCAGGCGCAAUACAGCAGCGACGAGGCUGGCUCCGACCUUGACGAGGCCGCGCUCAAGCAGCAGAUGAAGCAGAUCCCGUUUUCGGCGCUCAUGAAGGCACGUCGUCAGAUGGAUGGCUCGGACAGCGAUCAACUUUCGGAACCGGACAUCUCGGAUCUGGAAGAGGACGAAUUUGCCGAAGACCGUCGACGCCUCGCGCGUCAGACAGCUGGCAAGCAACCUGCGCGUAGCGGCAAGACGAAAGCUUCGGCUGCGGAUGCGGACGAGGCGCUCGAGCAGAAGCGGCGCGAAGUGCGCGAGCGUCUGCGUCAGCUCAACGGCAACGCCGCCGGCCCUUCGAGCGAAGGCGACAAUGCCUGGGCGGAAGCACGGCGGCAGCGCGAGCAGCGUCGCAAGGACAACGAGCGCAAAGAACUCGCCAAGCGUGCCAACAAGAAUGCACCCACCGAGAUCUCGAGCAAGCGGCCCGUCUCUCGCCGUCGCAGUGUUGUCGACACGCCCAGCGCGCACAUCCGCGAUCCGCGCUUCGAGUCGCUCAGCGGCAGCGUGAACAAGGACCUCUUUUCCAAGUCCUACUCGUUCCUCCCGGACAUGUUCAAGGACGAGCUGAGCACGCUCAAAAAGACGCUCGCCAAGCUCAAGAAGCAGGAAGCCACCCAGGCCGGUCCCAAGGCAAAGUCGGAGCACGCACAGGCCAUCCGCGACGAGCGCGCCAAGGUCGAAGCCGCGCUACGCCGAGCAGAAGGUCUGGCCGGAGAGCGCGAGAGACGCCAGAGGGAAUCCACGGUCAAGGCGCGCAUCAAGACGCAAAACAAGGAGCGCGUCGAUAAGGGCCUCCAGCCGUUCUACCCCAAGAAGAGCGAGAUCAAGCAGAUGCUGCUCAAGGACAAGUACGACCGGCUCGCGGGUGCGGGCGAUGGCGAAGGGCGCAGGGCUUCGGGCCAGGAGAAGAAGCAGCUCAAAAAGGCGCUCGAGAGAAGGAGGCGCAAAAACGCACAGAAGGAGAAGCGCGACAUGCCCGUCGGCAUCGGCUUUGGCCCCUCCGGCUCGGGCGCCAAUGCGGCGAUACCCAAACGCAAACGCCAGGCUGGCGCACCUGGAGCCACCAACAAGCGUUCCCGUUUUUAA